UCUCCCGACUUCAUUUGCAAUUUAUAAAUCUCAUUUCACCCUUCUUACUCACUCUCCUCCGCUUCUCGCAUCUCUGAUACCUCUCGAGCUCGGAUCCGACGAACUAGGGCCAAGACAUUCUUAUCUAUAACAGGAAAAGAAAGGGGAACCAGAGAAAAUGGGUCGUGGAGUGAGCAGUGGAGGAGGACAAAGUUCAUUGGGCUACCUGUUUGGAGGUGGCGAGGCACCAAAGCCGGUCGCCAACCAUUCCCAAGAUGCUCAGAACCAGGGACAUGGUGGAAACAAUGGGCCACCACACAAGUCCGCUCCUGUACCAGUGGACAACAGUAAGCAGAUUCCAGCUGGUAUUCAGGGGAGCCAAGCAAACAAUUACUUUCGUGCAGAUGGUCAGAACAGUGGCAACUUCAUCACGGAUCGGCCUUCUACCAAGGUUCACUCUGCCCCUGGCGGUGGAUCUUCCCUGGGUUACCUCUUCGGUGGCAAUAACUAACUCCUUUGGCCUUUGAAGAGCAUUAUUGUUUACUGUUUGUCCAGAACCGGUACUAGUUUGGAAAAACAAUAUUUCAAUCGUGUAGACAUUGUCAACUGCUUGAUAUUGUGCUAUAUAUAGUAUAUAUAAUCGUUACUUAUUAUAA